AUGGAUCAGGCCGACAUCCCAGCGCUCCUCUCGCGCCUCGCGAGCGACGAGGAUGCAGCCAGAAAGAUGGCCGUCUUCAAACUUCAGUCGUCCAUAAACGAUCCUGCAUUUGCCGACGUCUUUAUAUCCUCGGGUGGUCUGGUUGUCCUGCGACGCCUCAUCAUGAGUGCGGGAGGAAACACGUUGGCGUACUCGCUGCAGAGUCUGACGCGCCUGUUGGAGGUGGAUAUGGGCUGGGAAAUAUUCGAGGGAUCAGCGUCAGGGGACCUCGUUGAACGCAUCGUCGAACUGAUCGUCACGAACCCGCUCGUCAACAUUCUCCGGGGCGCCAUGUCGAUUCUGGUCGCCCUCGUCGGCCAUACGCAGUCGUCCCGCCCGGCGACCCCUCGCACCCCGGGCUCUUUUGGUUUCAGGGCCCUGAAACCGGCCGUCGCAGUCUACCCGCAGUUCUUUGAGCUCGUCAUCGCCCAGCUCCAGUCGGCCGACCACGCGCUGUGUGCCAACGCCCUUAUGCUCAUCAACGCCAUGAUCCGGGACGCCAUCUCCAGCGACAGCAGCACCUCCACCAAGUCAAACUCCCCCGCGAUGGAGGAGUGGUCAAAGUUCAUCAAGCGUCUUCAGGAUCUUGGUCUCAUCAAGGCGGUGUACAGCCUGAUGCAGAGCUCCUCGCUGCAGGACCUCGCGCACCCUCUGCUCGAAUUUCAGUCCCUCACCAAGGUUCUGCUGAGAAAGUGGCGCGAGGUCAGGGUUGAUCUUGAGCGGCCCGAGCAUAGACGGGGACUGAAGGGGCUCCAUCUUGCCAGCAACCCAGAGAAGCAAGUCAACGGCGUCUCCCGAACCGACGAGCUUAACGAACUUGGCAAGAAGGGCAGCCGGCGACACAACCCUGAGAAGUGGAGGAGACUGGGCUUCGAAACGGAGAGCCCCACGCAGGAGUUCGAGGUCCCCGGCUUCUUGGGCAUGAUGGACUUGACAGACUAUGUGCGCAAGAACGAGGACAGCUUCCAGAAGAUGCUGCUGGAGCAGUCGACGAAACCGAGGAACGAGAGAUGCCCAGUCGCACGGGCAAGUCUCGCGGUGACGAUGAUACUAUACGACCACUUUGAAGUCGAGAAGUCGGACGUCGAAGACACGAAGAGUUACCAAGGCUUGGACGGUGUUAAGAACAACGAAAAGCUGUUCCGCCCGCUUCUCCUCCAGUGGUCUAGACUCCACACCGCCGGGCUACAGGCCUUCUUCCGCGUUUGGAAGUCCACGGCCGCGGAGCACUUCGAUUUCGAGAAAGUGGCCGAGCUGGUCCGCAUACUCGUCGAGCAGGUUGUCGGCCAGGCCAGCAGGACAAAGGACGUGUUGGAGGUUGAGGAGGAGCUCCUGGAGUACGACUGCACCCGGUUGCGAGAGCUCCAGAUGGAGCUCCUGGAACUGUCAUUCGAAGACCAGUGGGGCCAGCAUCUGUACCAAGUCCGCGAGGAGUUGAGGCAGGAGGCUCUCCAGUUUGUCAAGGAACAGCGGAUCCGAUGUUUGCUUCAGGGCUCGUGGUUCUCAAAGCCAAUGCCUAGGCGGGAUACCAAUCCUCAAAACGAAUCCCAAAAGCGCCGCCUAUACACACCCCGGCCUUGGCGAUUCGUCAAGCUGUCUCACAACCGCCGGUACCUUCACUACGCCGACUUUGAGGCGCAAACAGCACAAGAUCCAGGUCUCGACGUGUUGACGGAGAAGGUCGAUCUCAGCACCAUCAGUUCGGUGGUGUCCAACGUGUCAGCACCCAACGAGGAAACCCGCAGCGCGACUAGCAGUUCGACGCUCAAGAACCACGCAACGUUCAAGUCGACUACCAAGAUCACCAUUUUCAGCUACGCCAACCCCGUUGAGGCGGCCAAGGGCGGUGAUGCGAAGGAACAGGCGAUAUUGACACUCUACCCGGUCACGCACAGCCUGGCUUCGGAGUGGCUUGACGGCCUCCUGAUGCUGCUCAACCAGGCUCCCAUCACAGCUGAGACGAACAAGCUCGUCAACCUCGUCAGCGACUUUGGGCUUAAGAUCAGGCUGCUGAACGUGAGGAUAGAGGCUGCCUACACCGGGCCGUCACCCGGCGCUGGGAUCAUUCCUAGUCGGGACGGCCUGGACGAAGACUACUUCUACGAGGUGUGA